CAUGCCGCCGCCCGCCGCCGCCGUGCUGCGCCGCGUCGGCGUCGGCCACGGCGUCCGCGGCUUGGCCACGCUACCGGAUUCCGCGCAGCCGCCGCCGCAGCAGCAGCACCCGACCUCGAAGGACGCGUACUUCGCGGCGGUGCACCACAUCGCCACCAUCGUGCGCCGCGACUUCUACCUGGAGCGCACCCUCAACCGCCUCCGCCUCCCGUCCCCGUUCCCGCCGGACCUCGCGCUUCGCGUCAUCCGCGCCGCCGCCCCCGCGGAGCCGCUCCACGCCGCGCGCUUCCUCGCCUGGCUCCGCGCCAGGCCGGCCUUCUCCCCCUCCGCCGACCACUUCGACGCGCUGCUCCUCCCGCUCGCCCGCGCCCGCCUCUUCACACACCUCUGGUCCCUCGCCUCCGACAUGCGCGGCCUCGGCCUCCCGCUCUCCCCCUCCACCUUCGCCGCCGUCAUCUCCUCCUACGGCCACUCCCGCCUCACCGACCAGGCCAUCGAGGUGUUCAACCGCCUCCCGCGCUUCGGCUGCUCCCAGAACACCCAGGUCUACAACGCCCUCCUCGACGCUCUCUGCGCCAACGGCAACUUCGCCGGCGCGUACAAGCUGCUCCGCCGCAUGGCGCGCAAGGGCGUGGCCCCCGACCGCGCCACGUUCAGCACCCUCGUCGACGCCUGGUGCGCCGCGGGGAAGCUCCGUGAGGCGCAGGCGUUCCUCGACGACAUGGCGGAGCGAGGGUUCCGCCCGCCGGUGCGCGGCAGGGACCUUCUCGUCGACGGGCUCGUCCGCGCCGGUCGCCUCGAGGAGGCCAAGGCCUUUGCGCUCCGGAUGACCAAGGAGGGCGUCCUCCCCGAUGUGAACACAUUCAACUCGCUGGCCGAGGCACUCUGCAAUGCUGGAGAUGUGGAAUUCGUGGUGGCGCUUCUCUCCGAUGCUUCCAGCCGCGGCCUGUGCCCGGACAUCUCAACCUACAAGGUGAUGAUACCGGCUGUGGCCAAAGCUGGCCGAAUUGAUGAAGCAUUUCGGUUGUUCUAUGCAGCCCUUGAGGAUGGUCACCGUCCAUUCCCAAGCCUGUAUGCAGCGAUCAUCAAGGCACUCUGUAAGGCAGGGCGUUUCGCCGACGCUUUCGCAUUUUUCGCUGAUAUGAAGUCGAAGGGACACCCACCAAAUCGUCCUGUGUAUGUGAUGCUUGUUAAGAUGUGUGUGAGAGGUGGUCGAUUUGUGCAUGCUGCAAAUUACCUUGUUGAGAUGAGUGAGGCUGGAUUCGCUCCUCGUGCUCAAACCUUUAAUGCUGUAGUUGGCGGGUUGCGGCAUUGUGGGAAGCAUGAUCUAGCUCAGAGGAUGGAGCGGCUCGAGAUGUCGCUGAAUGGGAAUUGAAUGGAUUAUGGGCUGUGUGCAUUUCCCCUUUUCCAUAUGGGAGCUUGCAAACCUCAUAGCAAUGCUGUUGGAUUUCCAGGACCUCAGGUUGAGUUUGGUGAGGACUCCAUAAUUAUCUGCUAUUGAUGGGAAGUCCGACUGUUGCACUUUGUUCACACCAUUUAGAAUACUUGUGGAUGUUCUAGAGAUAAGCAUAAUCAUAACGAUUAAGAUGCUUCUAUGAAAAAAUGGAUCCUACAUCACCCUGCAUCCAAUAGGAUAAAACUGUAAAUUAACUGGUCAUGCUGGCGGCAAGUCAUAGAAAGGGUGAAUUCCUCAUAGCACCAAAAAUUCCAUUUGGUUGCUAUGGUUCUGUUGAUUAAUGUUUUUUUAGAUAAUGGAUUAAAAUCCGGCCUCUACAUCCCAGAAGGAUGUAAACAGCACAUUGUGUUGAAUAAUAUGAUUUUCACAAUAUUUAAAAGAAUGUUGUUUUCACAAGAUAUAAAUUGAAAUGAAGGAAGUGAAGCUGAGUGAGGACUGAUUUUCUCACCAAAGCAGCAGUGUGAGUGGUGUGCCGAUGCUUGGAGACCAGAAUCGUCAGGGAUUUCCCUAUUUCUGAUGCGCACAGGUCGUUGGGAUCGAAAUUUCUAUCAUCUUGGAUCUCCCUCCUUCAUGCUGAUCAAACUGAGUACUGGAAUUAUCGACGUAAGCAGUGAAACAUAAUCCUUGUGAAUUGUGAUUUUAUGGUUGCACUAAUAGCAGAUUUAGGCAUUGCCUUCGAAAUUGGGAAAAAUAUUGGCUAAGGUAGGCAGUGCUGGAAUGUGGAGGUUGAAGAAGGUGCAAUCAGAAUCGCAUAUGUAAAUGAUGCAGCGAAGAGUGAUGAUGACGAUCUUGUUUUGUGACUUUUGUCCCUUUCUUUUUUUACUUUCAGUUGCUCUUUAUGCGUGGUAUCAAAUGUCGAGACUGAUUGCACUUAUAUAUAAUAA